GAUUCGUCUAGAUCUUCAGUCGUCGCGAAGAAAGAGCAUCGAGGAGAAGAGAAGGAGACGACGACAAGAAGCGAGGAGAUGGGGAUCAUGGAGAAGCUGAAGAUUUUCGUCGUCCAAGAGCCUGUGGUAGCUGCAUCCUGUCUUAUCGCCGGCUUUGGUCUGUUCCUUCCAGCCGUGGUCAGGCCUAUCUUGGAUUCAUUUGAUACAGCCAAGGAGGUUCCUCAACCAGCUCUCAGUGAUGUUGUUGCUGGAAUGACCGGUAAGAAACCUGAGUGAAAUUCCUGUCAUCCAUCCUCCAGUUCGGCAUGAGCAUUUUGUCCUCCUUCAUUUGUGCAACUCAAUGAGAAAUCAAACUAUCUGGACUUUGUUUACUUCUGUUUAUUCUUCAGCCUUAUUACAAACCAGUUUCAUUUUCUGUUAAUUUUGACUGUAGAACUAUGGAACUAAUUGUCUGUUCAAAAUAAAGAGAUGUUAUUUACCCAAAUGUGAAAUUCUCAGCUUCA